UAGUAAGUAGUAUAAGUUUGUUAAAAUGUCUUGUACGAGAUAGGCCCCACUAAUCUUAUCCGUCCAUUUUUACAAUUCAUCCAUCCGUCAUGAUCCAUAUCCAUACGAUCCACAUCAUUCAUGGUGACAUGAUAUGACCGCAUAUGCAAAAUGUUUUGUUCGCAAUCUGAGAAGAACGGUUGCAAUUGGUCCUGUUCAGAAAUGCUUUAGCAAUUUCUUGUUCGUGACAGCCGUAGCUUGCUGCUGCUGAUAUGUGCGAUGCGUAAGCCAAACAAAACACAAUUAUACAACGCACAUCAAAGCGCACGCAUGCUACACACAAAUACAACAGUCCAUUAGCACAAACAAGAUCCUUCUUCAGUUCACAACACUCUUCCCACCUUGAGUUUAUUUGUCAAGGAAGAAGAAUUUGGAGGAGGAUUCAGUGCCUUGUUCUUCGCUGACAAUGAACAUAUCGUCGCUUCCUUCUUCGACGAGGAAAGGCUCGAGGUUGCAUCCAAGAGGGAAUUCAACAGUGGCAGUGUUGACAAUACGGACAACGUUUCCGGUUCCGGGUGUCUCGAGGAUGGCGAAGAAUGGUCGCUCAGUUCCAUCUUCGGUGUAAACUUCCAUGACCUGCUUGACGUUGUUAGGACCUUGAAGAAGCUCAAUACGGGCGUUCAAAGGACGUCCGUCCGUCUUCAGGAGAACCUGGACGGAGGCGACAGAAGGGGCGAAGGGCAUGGUGAAAACGGCUCCUCCCUGCACGGUACGGGGAGUGGCCAUCUUGGAAAGCUUAUCGGUGAAGUUUUCGAUACCGCCAUCCUUGAUGUCAGCCUCGACUCCGGCAGCGAUGGGRUAUUCCAUGGAGGCGGUGUUGCGGAUGGCAAUGGAGUUCUGGGAUCCUGGGGAAGCGAUGACGGCUCGGAAAGGUCGGAGGUUUCCAUCUUCGAGGUAGACAGCCAUCUUUUGGGGGGUGUUGUCAGGUCCUUGCCAAAGCUCGACGUUGGCGUUCAAAGGACGUCCCUCGGUCUUGAGGUGSACUUGAACAGAGUCGAUGGAAGGAGUGGUGAAAGACCAGGUGCGAAGACUUCCUCCCUGCACCUUGAUGGGGGACAAAGUUUCCCAUACAUCCUUUGUGAGGGCCAUUUCUCCUCCGCGUUCUUCGGGGACAGGGGCUCCGACUCCGGUGGCAAGACCGGCUUCGUAUUGAGACGAGAACAAAGCGGUGGURGCGCUGUUCUUAGGGGCCGUGGUGAAGGCCGAUGCGGAUCCGCCUAGGGCGGCAACCARAGCGAGGGUAAAGAAUUUCAUUUUCAAAUUACACAACUGUAUUUAUCCAACUUUUGGAACUAUGAUGAUACAACCGUAAUGUAAUAUGCACUAAUGAUGGACAAUAACAAUGCUGAUUAUAU